CCGCUCCCGCUCGGCAGCAGCGGAACAAAGGACUGCAUUUUUGACUACACACACCGAAACCCAAAGUCGAAAGCUAGCUAGGAUUGAGCGUGCAGUUGUGCGGAGCUAGGCAGCAAGAUGUCGGGGGCACAGGGGGCGCACCCGGUCGGGCAGACGACGCCGACGACGUACGAGUCCGUGGGCGGCGGGGAGAACCGCACGCGCACGGACCUGCGGUCGCGGGAGGACCAGGGCAACAUCCAGAUCGAGAAGGUGCAGGACAAGGUCCAGGACGCCGCGUCGCGCAAGGUGGACGACAGCGCCUUCGCUGCCAGGAAGGAGCCGGGCCACGACGGCGACGCUGGAGCCACCGGCACCGGCGCCUGAUCUCUUGUACACCUUGCCGUCCGCCUGCGCGCCCCCGCGCGGCGCGUCGUGCAGCCGUGAUAGUCUGAUAGAUAGCGCCUCGUAGAGUUUGUUUGUUAUGAUAUGAACUAUGAAGCGCACUAUGUUACGCGUACGCGCGUGUGGGGUUGCUCAGGUGUUUGUAUGAGUUAGCGUGCGUUGGGAGCUGGAAAUAAUGAGAACUACUUUUGAGUCUCUGUAAUAAGAUCACGCUCGUUGUGACAUUGUC